CCUCGUUGAGAAUGAUGGUCGAGAAUUUUGUACUUUUACAGUAUUUAUAACUUUAUAAGCACAAUUUUAAAAGUAUUUGGCUGUUCGGGUAAGUAGGUCCGAAUACCAAUACCUAUGAUGUAUAAUUUGUGCGUUCUACGACUACAAAUAUGUGUAGGUAUAAUAUACUAUAUAGGUACCGAAAUAUAAAAAAAUAUUUAAAAAAAAAAAAAAACUAUUAUAAAAAUACACAUCAUCGUCUAUUCCCAAAAACACUAAUUUCGUAACGGGUAGUAUGUGGAGCGCGCCCGCGUCACGCUACAGAUAAUUCGAGACGUAUAUUUUUUUUUUCCUCGUCUUAUAACAAAAAUAGUUUAUAUUAAAAUCUCAUGCCAACUCUACGCGCGCAGACAAUUUCAGCUGUGGCGGCGGCCAAUAAUAAUUAUAAUUGUCACUGUGCGCGUGACGCGAUUUAGCCGCCGGACACUGGAAUUCGAUCGCACGACAGCUGCCACAGUAGCUAGUCACUAUAUUAUGUUAUAACGUUACAUUAUAGUCUUCGAUUAUUUUUCGCGGGACGCGGGAUUGACGGAGCCGCGAUCGUCUUGAAUGUUUUAAAAACCGUGAUUUUUAUUAUUACUUUGUUUUUUUUUUUUCGUUUUCACUCGCUUUCGUACACUCGAUUAGUGCAUAUUAUUAUUAACAUUAUUAUUGAUACACUAUGGCGGGCACGUUAUCGUCGUACGAUCGUAACCGGACGUUGCACGGCGGUGCAGCGGACGAAAUCGUACGAGUCGGUGAUCGCCAACAUCAUUACCGAUAUUACGCCACCCAGAAAAGACCGCGCAGGUAUUCGUCGUUUUCCAUCAUGAAUUGGUUCCGGAGAAGUAAGCGGUACGACGACGACGACGACGAUGGCGGCGGGGGCGGCAAAAUCGAUUCAGCCUGGUUCCGGGACGACCUUAAGCGCAUCCAGCAAGCUUACCGGGAAAACGAACCGGACUACGUGGUCGUGACGCCGAUCGCGCAGCGCCGGCGGAGACCGACGGCAGCGGCUACGUGGUCCAAAUGGUCCGGCAGUACGACGACCGUGUACAGUUUUGCUUACGUGGACGGUAUAUGUCAUCAGGGGAAUGGAGACGAUGACGACCACCACCACCAACAACGCGUACCGUCGUUGGUGAACACGGUGGACGACGUGGUUGAGUACAUCGAUGCGGCCACGUUACCGGUGUCUCGUUGGCGGUCCGACCGUGGACAGUGCCCGUCGUCUGUCACGGGCAAGUCGCUCUGCAAAAAGUCGUCGCCUACGGUCACGACGGCGACGGGCACGAUGACGGCCACCGCGAAACGGCGCUACAAUAAGAAGGCCGCACCGCUACCGCCUCCUCCGGUAGCAGUGGCCGGGCCGUCGUCGUCCGCCGGAAUGGCGAAAACGUCGAUGCAAAGACGUACGGUGACGAUGGCUAGACAAAAGUACAGAGCGCCGCAGCCUCCCAUGACCACCGCUGUAAUCAAGACAACGACAUCCGCUGAACUGCGCCCGCCACAGCAGAAACUCGGCCGUCCUGGCGUCCCACCGCAUCGCCACAGAAAGGGUCCGGCUCCAAAGCCACCCGUCGGGCAACCUGCAAAGCCGGAUAGACCGGCCGCCAUCGUUGAAUCGGAAACUGACGACGUAGACGGCGGACGACCGCGUGGAUCGAAUGUCAGGCGGAAAAUAACGCAGUACGAAAAGGAACGGCUCAUGGAACGGGUAGACAAGAUAGAGAAACAUUUUUUGCGUGGGGAGAAGGUUGUUUUGACUGCGGCUGCGGUAGUCCAAGACAGUGGCAAAAAGUCUAAACCGACAACAAUAACGAAUAUCAGUAACGGAUUCACGUCGGUGGCUGCGUUAUACACGGCCAUGGCCGCCACCAAUCUGACAGAAUUAGACAAACGCGCAGCCGAGAUAUGUCGUCUGAACCGACUAAAAACGGCCCCGUCGUCUGAAGCAGCCAAUGCCAUCAUGUCGUCUACUUCCAAGGCCGUUAAGACUAUUGCAUCUUCGGUGCCCGUGGCUACAGUUGUGGUGCCCAGACAGCCGGCGGUCAUUACGUCCGAUCACAAAAACGCAAUCGUCACGGCGGUUAUUCGAAAAUCGUAUCCGACGACGGUGGCCAAAUUGACCACCACGACGGACGGACGCCAGCCGGUUCUUGGUGGCCGUGAUGUUGCCAGUAGCGGUACACCAUCGAAAGUAAACAAUAUAACGGUAGCUAGUGUUAAGACGGCGGUAAGCGAUAAAACGGAGGCGGACGACGAAAAACAAAUAGUACGGCACAAACGUUUGGCGUUCUUCCAGCAACGGUUAGUCGGUGCGCAACAAAUCCAUGACGGAGGUGACGGUAUUAACGGCCACGCGACGGCCACCGUGAGCUCGACCAGCGACAUUAAAUCGUCGUUGGGAACGCAAACGACCGGAUCCGUCGUCGUGUCGAAAAUACCGUUGACUUCAUCGAAAAGCACCGGACACGGGACCGCUGCAAUCGACAAAAGCGGCAGUGAGUGCUCAACAGGUGAGGCUCCGCUUAAGGGUUACACGAAUCAUUUAUUUAGUUUAUGGAACAUUACAAAAUCAUAAUUUAGUAACGAUCAAAGGCCAUCUAUAUAGGUGUAAUUAUAAUAAUAUUCAGAUAAGUGCGUACAGAAUAAUCUGUACUUAUUCUUAUUAAAUAAUUAUUGUUUAAUAUUUGCAAAUGUUAUCCUCUAGACUCUAGAGGAUCUAAUUUAGAGCCUAGGUUGUCCCGAUAUACUGUUUUCAUAAAACACCUAUUCUUUUCUAUACUCUAUAGGAUAGAGUAUAAACGGGCAGUGUAUUCGUUUUGAAAACUUCGAAACAAAAUAUUGAUGUGUACGUCCAAAUUGAAUCAGUUUUAAUGUUCACUCAUUAUUUAAGAGCUUAAGGUGUUUUUUCAUUUGUAUGCAAUUCGUUGUGUAGCAUAUCAAUAUAUUGACUUAAUUUAAGUUGGCCAAAACUAAAAUUAAAUACGCUAUGUUUCAAAUUGAAAUGGGACAAUAUCCCCAUAUUAUAAUGUUAUAAUACACAGGGGUAUUCACUCAACUGGAAACACUUAUUAUCUCGGUUGAUAUUAAUUUUUUUCGGAAUUUUUUUUUUAAAACCUAAGAAACAAAUAAUUGUAAAAGUUAUAAUUAUAGUUUUUUUCGUUACCCUUAUUUUUGCGAGUGAAACGACCACCUACUUUUGAUUUUCCAAUGGACACCUCCUAUAUUGGACUUCCUUAAAUAGAUGAAGUAUUCCGUCAAUCAGUCGACAAAAUAUUCCAUUUUUAAGUUUAGGCAGUGCAUUGAUUAUUUUGUAGCGGUACGGCGUGCAGCAUUUUAAUAGUGUUUCAUCCGCCCCCCCCCCCUUUGGAUGAAACUUAGAAGCGGAAUAUCUCGUCAACGGGUUGAUAAAAAUCCGACGUAUUAUUAUCUGUACGAAUGAAAGUGAAUUCGGAUGUUGUUAUGCAUCAAUACAGGCCACGGGAUCAUCCGCCGUUUUGGAUGUGAUGAUAAUAUACGCGUAAUGGUGAGAAUAAUGUCACUGCUGUGUAUGUCCAUAACUGACCUGCGCGUCGUAAAAAAAUUGUACAAUAAUAUGUUUAAUAGAUGAUUAGAAUUAUGGUUCUCCGUAUGAUUUUAAUAGUGUGGUACAUAUUUUGUUUACAUAAACGCGUUUUGUAUUCACUAAUGAUCGCCUAUUACUCGUCGCAGUGAUUUAUUGUAUUUCUUGUAUCUACUUAUUCUACUUAAUAUUUUAUUACACAAAAAAGUUGAGAAUUGUCAUUUACCUCAGGUACUCCGUGAGAAGUUCGCUAGACGUUCGACGAAUCGUUACAAUAUGAACACCAAUUUGUUUAUUUAAAUUUUUAAAUAAACAUGGAUCUUCUAACACUCUGUCACCGAAACCACUGUACUGUUUAGGUACUUAAUCGGCUAUACAUGCGUUGGGUAAUAGAUGAGUGACGACUUGCAAGCUAUCGCUCGUAGUGUGAUGAGCCGUUCCCCAACGUUGUAUAGCCGAUUGUGCGAUCGUAAUGUGUGCAGAAAUGAACAGGUCUAUGUGUACAAGAAUGAAAAAACACGUCUAAGUAUACGGUAAUAGACAGAAGUGACAAUUAGUACAACAACCAGGUAGUAGAAAGUAUGAAAUAAACAAAUACAACAGUCAACAGUCCGCCUACGGUACUGCAACUGCUGUAUAAGUUUGGAAAGAAAGUAUGGUUGGAGUGAGUGAGCAAAAAGGGAGUAGGUAAUUCUGAUGGGCGAACCCAAAGAAGUCGGAAUGUGUAUUGUGAACUACGCCAUGUUAAACUGAGAAAAACUAUGGAAGCUGUUUACUAUGAAUAGAAAUAUAGAAUGGUAAUAUUAAAAAAAUGGGACUGGUACUGAUCGAAUGGAAUGGUUUGUAAACUGGCGUGCGUGGCACUGUUAUGACUAUCACGGUUCUCUUUCUUAACGAUUACCACUCGACGGCAGCAGUAACUUCAAGAACUUGUGUGGGUGACACGCGUGAUUAAUAUUGUAAAUUAAGUGGCAACAUUGUUUAAUAAAUAUCAUUAAUGAUGGAACUGGUGAUUGUGCAUUUGUACCUACUACGCCAUUUUUAUUAUUUAUUAUACAAAUAUUAAAUAUUCAAUGUAUUCGUUAUGUACUAGUUUCAUUUAAUAAUAUUUAUGUAAUAUUGUACCUAUAUUUCCGUUCUCCCAGUUUUCUACCAGAAAAAAAUGAUUUAAUCAAAAAAUUACAAGACACCUUUUUUGUUGCCUUUCUGAUUUACUUUCUUACAUUAUCACUGCCAAAACUUUUGAGCUUUUAAACAAUUUUAAUUUUUGGUAGAUUUUUUGCUGUAAUUCGGUUAUAAAUACACGUAGAGACUUGAAACUUGGUAAUAAUACUAAUAUUGGACUUGCCUAGACGUGGUAAAAUUUCUAAAAUCAUUGGCCUAUUAUUAUUUUUUAAUAAGCAUUUUGAAAUCAUAUCCAAACGAAAAUCGCAAAAAAAAUUACGAAAAUUCAAAUUAUGUAUUACCGAACUGCUCUCAGAAUCGUUUUUCGUCAAACUAUGGUUUAUCGUUGCUUACAGAUAUAAAUAAAAUAACCUUAUGUAUCCUAUCUCCCAACUUCUCGCUUAUAACAGUGGAUACUCCCAUCCCUAGUAUCAGUUCUUUUUUAAAUUUAAAUAUUUAUUUAUUAUAAUUAUUUUACAUUAAUUUUUUACUAUUGUUAUUAUUGUUUAUAUUGGUAUUUUUCGUUUGAAUUCAUUUUCUUCAAUAGAGUUAUAUUAUUCUUAAUAUUUUAAUAAAAUUCGAUACUAGUUGUAACCAAAAUUAAUUUUACACACCAUUAUUAGACCUCGUACAGUAUUUUUAUUCAUCGUUUUUCAUAAGCAAAAAAGUUAUUUAUACUAGAGCAGAAGUUCCUAGCAAACAAAAGAUAUACUACUAAAUUAAUUGUAGAUUUGAUGCUAACAUAUCUUUUCCUUUGAAAUGAUAGAAUAGCUGCACCCAUUUUUCUUCACUUAUAAAUUUUUUUCUUGGUUUUUAUUUUUUCUUCUUCUUUCCAAACUUUAACUUUAAAUAACCAAAAUUCUUUAGAUAACACAACUUCAUCAAAAAGCUGAUCUUAAUCAUAAUUUUAUUUUUAAAUUCUGAGUUGAGUGAAGAAUCUUAUGGAUUUAUAAAGAUGUUUAUUUUUAGUUUUAUUUUUUUAUUUUUCUGUGCGCAACUUUUCUACCAGAAAACUUGCUCAGAUUUUUAAAUGUAGCACCUUUUCUGAAAGGAAAUCGGGGUAGAAAAGUUGCUUAGGGAGGUUAAACGGAAAAAUAUAAGAAAUGUAGGUAUUAGUUAAAAUAUAUUACGGCCUUCUUUUUUUUAUUCACAAUUUUUCUACCAGCAAUAUUGCUCCAACUUUUAAUGAUAGCACUGUUUCUAAAAGGAAAUUUCACUACGAAGGUACUUUAAAGAGGACAUUUUUCGAUAUUCCUCUAUAGAUUUCUUAGCAAAUGUGAAAAGCCGGGAAAAUCGGGAAAAGCAUAGAAAAACUGGGAAAAUUGGUACAACAUUAAACAAAUUUUAUUAACAAAAUAUUAUAUAUUUUAGGCUUUAUAGCCUGCAUAUACUGUUGACAAAGCAUCACUAUCAACUGAACUCCGCUCAUAAUCGUUUUUCAUAAGCAAUGGUUUAUCGUUGCUUACAGAUAUACAUUAAAUUACCUAUAGCAGUGGCUGCACUCAUUCUUAUCAUAAUAGGAUGUCUUUUUAGACUCUUGCUUAUAAUUUCUGAAGCUUUUAAAAAUGUUCCCAUUUAAUUUAAUUUUCAUCCACCCAAGGAGAUUUAGAUGCAUCACUAAAACUAUUUUCCCACAGUCGGAUAUGUACAUCUUUCGUAAAAUAGUUUAAAGUCUUCUUCUAUUUUUAAAAUACUGAAUUCCUCGUUAGUUAAAGUGUUCAAGGUCUUCUUUUCACCUAAUGUGACAAAUUUAGCAUCCUUUCUUUCCAUGAUAUUAUUUUGCAAUUUCAUUAGAAUAUUUGCUACAUCCGUUGAAAUUGAAUUGUUUUUUCCAUAGCUUGAAUAGAAUUAUUGAAAAAAACAAGUUGACCAUGAAUAAACCAUAGUCAAUUUUUUCUCGCUUAUCAUUAAAAAUUGUUUAGAAGGUUUGGCAUUUUUUAUACGGUUAUAAAGACAGAAAGACAGAUAAACCUGAAAUUAUGCCGAUUAGAUUUAGUCAUUUAGAUAAAAUAUUAAGAUAAUCAUAUAAUGAUACAGUGUAAAUAUUAUUACAUGUUUUAUUAUUAAAUAAUACAGUAUUAAAGUUAUUUUCUCUUAGUCGGGAUGAACUGAGACAAACUUAACGACCGACCGGGAUACCAGGACAUGUCGUUAAAACUGGGACUGUCCCGGUCAAACCCGUACAAAUGGCAAGCCUAAGUACAAGUGAACAAUUAGUUUUGUGUAUUUGCUAUGUUUUUCAUAAUAAAGUGCAAGAAGUUUUUCUAAAAUUAGUUAUUGUUGAAAAUACACCUGGAUCUGGUUACAAUUUGUCCAAAGUAAUACUACUCCAAUUAGAUAAUUUCAAUCUUAAUAAAUAUAUUUGCGUGAUCAAGAAUACGACGGCGGGGCUAACAUGUCCAGAAAAUAUUUAGGCGUACAAGUUUAAAUACUAAAAAUCAGCAUCUUGCUUUAUAUACACAUUACUUAAAUGUAAGUAUACCAAAUGCGUAUUCUGCAUCUGAAUUUUAUCCAAAUACUAAGAAAUUGCUAAUAAUUAUUUGCGUUGUAUCAGUUACCACUAGCACCGAUAAAGAAUAUUUUCGCCAUUUUGACGAAUAAAAAUGUAUUUAAGAUCAACAAUAUGAGAAGACAGAAUUAUUGGCCUUAUACUCCUUAAUACUCAUAGGGAUAUUAAAAUUACUCCAGAGGAAGUUAUUGAAGAAUUUAGUAAAAAACACUCAAGAACAUUAUAGUUACAGUUUUAUGUAAGAAAUGUAUGUAAUUUUUAAGUUAAUAUUUGAAAAAAAAAGUUGGGAUUAACAAAUUAAAUAUAUAAUAGAGAGCUAUAAUCAAUUUUUUUUUCUGAGAACAUUGAUAAUAUUUUGAAUACAAAUUGAACAAUUUAAAAAAAACGUGUAAAUCUUAAAUCACAAUUACGAACAAACAAAACAAAUUAAACGAAUACAUUUUAAAAAUGUUCUAUGAUAAAAAUAUGCAUUAUUUAUAAAAAAUUUAAAUUAUUAUUUCUGUUUUUUAAAAUUAUUUGUAAGCAUAUAAAUUAUUUAAGUGUAAGCAUGCACUUAUGUAUGCCGGAUCAUUGUCAAAAUUAACACAAUACAUUUUCCAAUAAAUUUUCAUUGAUUAAAAAUGCAAACACCUAUACACAAUUGUAUACAAUUAUAUUUUUAAGCUCUUGUUAUUGAUGCAUUUGUUUAUUGAAAUGUAAUAUAUGUUGUGUGGUGUUCCUAUUAUAUUAUUUAUUUCUUUAAAAUAAAUUAACAGUUAAGUGAAAAUGAAUUCAGUGUUUUCUCGUACAAAAUAUUCUAAGAAAACUGUAGAUAUCUAUAUAAGACAUUGCUAGUUGCAACCAUAUGGUCCAACUCAAUUCUCAUAAAUGAAAUUGUUGACUGUUAUGUAGAAAUUAUAAAAUUUAAAAUCUUUAACUAAAAAUUUAACUGCAACUUGCAAUAAAGAUAAAACAACUAAUGGCAAUGCUCUUCAUUUUAAAAUAAUAAUAUGUACACAAUUUGUUUUCUUUUUAUUUAUUUCUUAUCAAACGUUAUCGUUUUUUGAAAGAUCUGACCUUAUCUCUUUAUUAUGGCCAACUGCAAUAUUUUUUGGCUUAAUUUUGGUCGUAUUCGCUCAUCAAAUAUAGUAGUCCACAAAAAGAAUUCAAAACUUACUGUCAACUUUAAUAGUACUUAUCUUUGGCAUACUAAUAAAAUCGGAAAAAAGUGAAUUCCAAUGAAAGAAAGAAUUCAAAUUACAGGUAAUACUAUUAGAUAAUCUAUUAAUUUAUAAAUAAUUGUCGUAUACGAUUAUUGGCUUAUCGUCUAUUUUCUUUUAUGCAUCCAGUUUAAUAUUGUGUGAAAUAUUAUAAUCUCUCCUAAUAUUAUGCACAUUUUUUUUUUCAAUUAAGUGAAUUUUUUUUGAUUUCAUCCCAAAACUAUUGACAUCAAAGGACAUCUAAUAUUUAAUUGAUUAAUGACUGAUACACCAAUUGCUAACUUUCCUGAAAGAGAAUAGAUAGUGUUUAUUCUGCUAACACUGCUUAAAUUUAAAUUCCUUACAUAAUUCGAAGUUAUUUAAUUUAAAGAUCUACGGCAAAAGAAAUAUUUGUAUUAAUUUUCUUUACUUUUUUAGAUUCUGAGAGGAGCGAGGAAUACAUUGGUUUUACUAUAAUGUUUACUUUUUAUUAUAUUUUUUGAGAACAAUUUGUCAAUCAAAAAUUUUGUUCAGAUUUUCAAGUGUAGCACUUUUUCUGAAAACAAAUCUGACUGGGGUGGUAUUUAUGAGGUUAUUGUUUGAUUUUUUUCUUCUUCUUUUCCAUUCAACUGUCCAUUAAGGACCAUUGCUACCUUCAAGAAAUAUCUUCAUUUUCCUCUAUCCUAGGUUAACUCAAAAGUCAUAUCCUGUUCUAUCACUUUCAAGUUCUUGGUAGUUACAUAGAUCUACCGGAUCCUGAGCCUUCUCAAGGGUCUUGUUCUAUUAAUUUUUCUUUCGGGUAUUUUUUAAUAAGUUGACUAUCUGCCCACCAAAUGCAUCUAAAUCCCUCUAACUAUUUAUUCCUAAUAAACGCUACAAUACUUGGUCUCUUAUACAGUUUCAGUAAUUUUUUAUUUCUUUUUCUCUCAUAGGAAUUCGUUUCUUGGUUGAGAUGUGGUCAAUAUAUGUUCCGGAAUCCGUAGUAUUUUUCGUUCAAGUAUAAAUAACUUUCAUCACCUUUUGUUAGUGACCAUAUCUUGCUUGCUAUUACUAUUGACAUUUGACCCAGAUAACAGAGGUAAAUGCGUACCUUAAGAGAGAGAAAUUCAUGAGCGUAAUUUCGAUUUUAGUAAUUGAAUUAUACAGUAAUAGCGCUUGUUUUCACUCUUAAUUUAUUUAUCCACUUCGUGUUACAUAGUAUUCUUGUUAUUGAUGUUAAACCAAAUAAUUAAAGAUGUUCACUGUCUAAUUUCAUAUUACCAAUCACUAGAUCGUUUAUGAUUAGAUUGCUCCAAUAUGUAAUUAGUUUUAUUUUCAUUUAUACACAGUCCCACUGACACGCAUGCUUUAAGUAGUUUCUCGGUUGUUUGUAUGACUUCCGCUUUAAUCUCUCCUAUAACUAAAAUGUCAUCGGCGUAUGCCAAUAUCACCAAUUCUCUUCUUUUUUCCAUUUUUCGUUGCUCAUUUGUAUCUCUUACCACUUUUUCAAAUGUUGAAUUAAAUAAUGUAGGAGACAGUGCGUAUCCUUAGCGCAGAUCGGACUUUACCUCAAAUGGCUUCGAGUCAUUCUGGAUAAAUCGUAUUUUGUACGUAUUCGUAAUUGUCUUCUCGUAACACAUUUUUAUUUGGUUCAUGUACUUCUUUGGUGUUCCGAGUAGUUUUAAUCCUUACCAUAGUUAAUUUCUGUUUGUGUUGUCAUAAGCAUAAAAUACUUCUAUAAUUACCUACUUUUGCCGGGUUUCCUUUCUUAAAUAUAUUAUAUUAUAUGGCGAAUUAUAAUAAUAUUCCAUUCUUCUGGAUACAUUUUGUUCUCUACAUACAUUAGUAUUCUAAUUACAUCUGUUAAUUUCUUCCCAGUAGUGUAGUCAAGUGUAUACGCGAGUAUAUGGCGUAUACACAUUUCUUUGUUUUUUAACAAUGCGUAUUUUCAACAGGGCUCGGAACUAAAUACCCUUAAAAAAUACUAAAAAAGUACAAAUAUGUUUGAAAAUAUGCACUUAUAAAUUUUGUUUUUUUUCAUAAUUCAUUCAUAGAUAUGUUCACUAAAAAUUUCUUUUAAUAUAAACUUUUCUAAAAAUAAUUUCCGAAAAAAAGCUUUAUACGAAUGUUCUGAGAAUAAAAACUUUUUGGAGUAUUACAAUAUAGUGACUAACUGUUGAACUCCAGUGUUCUUGUUCUUUUAAUUUUUCCUGAUAACUGCUUGUUUAUGUUUUUUAGUAUUAAUGUGCUGAGUCACAACACAUUUUUUGUCACUGUUUACCUUCAUCUCAUAUAAGUAACUUACAAAAAAGAAAUAGUUCUAUUGGUUUUAAAUAUAUCCAUACUGUACUCUAACACGAAACUUUGCAAAUGAUUUUUCGCGGAUUGUUUAAUUUUCGGUAUAUUAUUCGUCAAUGAAAUAAAAAGAAUAUAAUCAAAACGAGAUAAGAACAACACUAACGCGCGAACGUUUUAGCAAUUCCUAAUAAAUGUGAAACAUCGGGGGAAAACGAGAAAAUUUACGAAAUUUAUUAUUUUUAAAUUUUAAAUAUUACGGCCUUUAAAUCAUGUAUAAGCAAAUUCCGAUGAGAAUAAUUUUUCAUUAAUAAUGAUUAAUCUUUGUGUAUAGACAUACAUUAGAUUUCUCUUCUACCUUCCCAACUUCUCAUCUACAACAAAGACGGUUCGAACGAAAUAUAUGUCGGCUAAAAGGGUUACCGGCAAAACCUUGUACGGUAAACUCUUGAAUUAGUAAAAUGUAUUAGUCAUUUUAUAAGAAGUAAAUAUUAGGCAACUUAUGUGAUAGAUAAAUCCUUGUCAUGUCAACGUCAGAACAUUCAAAUAUCGUCCGAAUUAGUUCCUAGGUUAUUACGAAGGAUAUCCGAAUUGGUUCCUGAAUAAUUUUAAAAGCAAUACAUUUAAGUUUUGUUCAAUGUUUUAGGCCGAAACCAUCCUUUUUACCGAAACAAUAUUGUCGAAAAAAUUUCGCCGGCGGACUGAUUCACCACAAAUAAUUUGCCGCCAAUUGUUUCGCUAGUAGCCUUUUUGCCAAUAACAUUUUCGACGAAAAAUUUCGUUAUUUUUACAAUUUCCGUCAAACCAAAGUUUGAUAUUUAAACGCUUAUAAAAAUAAAAGUAACGAGUAACACACAAUUUAUUUAUAUUUUACCACCAACUAAAACUUAUAAUAAGUUAUAACACGAUAUAACCUAACCUAUAUUCGUGUUCAAUUUUCAAAUAUUUUAGAUUGGUCGAAAAAUUAUGUUCACAUAAAAUCGAAAAAUAAUAUGAAGAAUGCCGAAGAAUACGAUUUUGCUAAUAGGUACUAUUUUAUCUUUGAACAAUUAUAAAAAAAAACACUAAUACAUUAAUACUUAAAUUUCCUUUUUUGACCACCCGGGUGGCUGCAUCCGUCCCAAGUAUCAUCUCUUUUUUGAAAAAUGUGUUAAUUUAUUUUAAGAAAAUAAGUCCAUCGGCGAAAAGUCUGGUGGCAGAAAGGUUAUUGACAAAUAAGCCCGUCGGUGAAAAGGCUAGCGGCGAAGUGUCCUAGACCUGUUUUAGGCAAUGUUAGUAAAGUACGGUAAUGUACACUUACAUGGCCAACGUUCAAUGUUGUCUGCAAGCUUUUUAUGAAAUCCAAAUUUAAAACCCUCUAAUCCUUCAAGUUUUUUAUUUUUUUUUUUACUGUACAUAAAUUCCAUAUUUGAGAAAUAAGUUUUAAAUGAAAACAAUUGCGACUAUUGAUGGUUUACUGAAAGCAGUAACGAUUAGGUCCGUAGAUAUUUGUCAGUAUGGCAGACGAGCAGAAACGUGCGUGACCGGCUACGCUGAGUGGCAGAAAAGGAGAGGCCACCGUGUGAGGUUGGCAGUGUGGAAACCUCGACGGGUCGCCAUAAAUCACUUUAGAUAAUUAUAAUUAACUGUAAUAUGUAACCAUAAUAUCUCUAUAGUCUAUUGGUAUUUUUGAUAUUACAUAGAGAUUAUAGAAAUUAUAUUAUUCCGAAAAAAUCAGAAUCCGAAAAAAACCGACCUACCUAAUUGAUUUUUCAUUUUAACGAGUUGGGUAGUAAUAUUUCAGGUACUAUCCAAAACAACGCGUUAAGAGUUAAAAUGUUAACUUUUUAAUUUUCAUAAUUUAUACAAAUUUAUUAAGUUUAUUACAAACGUAUAAUUUUCUAACUAAUAAUUAGGGACAAGCGUUUAUCAUGUACCUAUAAUAUAAUAUUACUUACCUAUCUAUAAUAUAAUAUAUACAUGUACCUAUACAAGUAUUAUCAGACUUAACUAUAUAGUAUACAUAUAGUAAAUUUUAUCUGCUACUUUUCAGGCGGUAAAAAGUUUUCGCCCGAAUAUCAUCAAUUAAUGGCCAUGGAAAUGCAAAGUGACCUAGUACUUCAUAACGGUCCUUUUGAGUGCGCUGUGUGUUUAUGUACAUAUGAUAAUAAUGGCGUUGUGUUACGUGAUUGUUUGCAUGUAUUUUGUAGGUAUGGAAAAAUACGAUUUCAAUUACCUUUUACCUACUUAUAUAAAUGUACCUGUGUCUACCAACCUCCCUACUUACUACCUAUUACUACCUACUAAGUAUAUUAUUCGAUCACGAACGCAUGUAUUUGUAAUAUAAUUAUUUUAUUCUGCAUAUUAUUAAACUUAUAUAUUACCUAUUACUUAUACUAUAUGUAAUCAUAUCAUGUUAUUAUUAUGUAUGUUGAUUGUAUAAUAAUAACAUAGGUAUAUUUUUAAUAUCUGAUUCAUGGACUAUUGGAUGCUUUUUUUGUUUGUUUCUGCAGACCUUGUUUGCAAUUGACUAUUAGCCAUUCGAAUGCUGAACAAGUCGAGUGUCCGUAUAUGGACGACCGAUAUUCGUGCAAGGGGGUUUUGCAACACCGAGAAAUUAAAAAGGUACUUACCUUACUUACUUUACCUACUAUACUUGCUAUACAUACUACAAUUAUACCUGUAAUACGUAAACUAUUAAGUUAAUCAUAUAGAUUUUUAUUCUUUUUGACAUUAAUAUAAUAUAAGUUUUAUUUUUUUUUUUAUUGGUCUUAUCGUCUACAGAUAUUAGAUUCUGACGAAGAAUACGAACGAUUUUUGCAAAGGUCUGUGGAUCGCGCACGACAGUUGUUGGCGAAAGACCGCGAUGGUGGAUCGUUCCAAUGCAGACGACCCGACUGUACUGGCUGGUGUUUGAUCUACGACAAAAACAACGUUUUUGAAUUUAAAUGUCCUGUUUGCGGGACAGUCACUUGCGUUAAGUGUGGGGUGAGUAUUAUUAUGUUAUAUUCUAUUUGUGCAUCUAUAAUAUAUAGACCAUAGACUUAUAGUAAUCGGUGGUGAGAAAAAACCAGUUAAGUUAGGUUGUAGAUCUCUAAACCCUCCUAGAACCCUUUAAAUCCCUAUUGAUUAAUCCUAGCUACGACACUGGUUGCACUUGUGGUAUCGUAUGAAUGAAUAUAUAUAUUAUAAAUAUUAUAAUAAUUAUAUAUAUAUUAUAAUAUUAUAAUCAGUGAUUUAAGUGGGAAAAACUAAAUAUUUACCAACAAUUGAGGGAUGUUUCAUUAUAACUAAACUCAAACAAAUUUCUACGGUGUGACGUUAAGACUGCCGACAUUUCUUUCUCCUACACACAAUAUAUUUGUUCGUGAAAAAUAUAUGUUAAUCCCUCCGCCAAAAAAUGUCUACACAUAUGCCUGCUUGAUGAAAACUAAAAACAAAGCAAAACAGUUUGGUUAAUAAUCAGUAAAUAUAUUUUAUGUUUUUUGAUAUUUCAUUAUCAAAAUAAAUACUAAUUAAACUAGCAUACCUAUAUCUUGAACGUCACAAGUUUAAUUACGCUUAAUUAACUUUGGUUGUAGGGAAAGAAAAUGUCUUAUUACAGAAUGAAUAUCAUGUGAAUGUUAUGCAUACUACAUAGUACAUGCAUACCUAUACUAAUUACCAAUAUUAAUAAUAUCGUGUAUCAUAAACUUGUUAUAGUUUCAUGUUCUUUUUCUUCUAACGAAUUGUUUGAAAUGUUUGGAUACCUUGUUAAUUUAGUAAUAAUAUUUUUAAUAAUAUAUACAUUAUACAUAUAUCAAUCAUUGACAAUACAACUACUAAAGCAUCUCUCCAGACUUCAAACAUUUAAAUUGAAAAACAGGCGGAUAAUUUUACUAUAAUUAAGAAGUUAGCCAAUUUUCCGUUUAUUAUGUACGUAGGUAUAUUAUAUUUUGUGCUAAAAAAAAAACCAAUAUAGCUUACCAGUUUUUAACUAUGUUUUAUUAUUUUCAGUCCAUUCACAAAUAUGGAAGAAAAUGCAAAAUAUUUAGAGAAAAUAACGACAACGACGACGAUGGCAAAGGCAUGUUGAACUAUACGGUCGAGGUAAAAUUAUAUAAUAUGAAUUUAAUUGUUAUCGUUUUAUUAUUGCAUUUAUUUAUGUUCAGGUUUAAUAGUAAUUAUGAAAUAAUAAAUGAUGUACAUAUAAAUGAUACGCAUACACCCCUUUUACGUCACCCAUCACUUCAUAGAUCAUUAUGGCACUGGUCUUUCAUCGUUUCUUAUUGGUUUAUAAUUACGUAUUCCUAAUACUGUGAGUUAAAUCGUAUUAUCAAAUUAUGCUUUAGUAUAAUAGCUUUAUUUCAAAAUACUACAGACAAUUAUAAACUAAUCAAAGACGGCGAGUGAGCAGUGCCAUAUUUGCACAGUUUGAGAUAGAAUUACGUCUGUUGAUAGUUUAUUAUAUCACAAUAGUAAUAAUAAUAAUAAUAAUAGUUUUGUUUUACUUAUAUAAGAAUUUAAUUGAGCGCGGAGACGCUAUGCCGUGUCCGGGGUGUAACACAAUUUUAUCAAAGCAACAGGGUUGCGAUUGGAUCAAGUGUGCAGUGUGCUUUAUGGAAAUUUGCUGGGCUACCAAGGGCCCAAGAUGGGGACCUAAUGUGAGUUUGAAAAAAAUAAUUUUACAUUUAUAGACUUACUUACUACGACCCUAUUCUGUGAAAACUGCAUACGAGACUUAAUAUUAGAAAGUUCACCGAUGAACAUAAUUAUGAUUAUUUAAAACUAACCAGCUAGGGUACCUAUUAUAGGUAAUUCACAUACAUUCUUGAGCUUGAAAAUGUAUUAUAUUUAGACAAUUUAUUCAAGUAAAACCGCAUAUUUGGAUUUAAUAUUAUAUUUGUACUAGCUGCAGCCAACUAAACUAUAGGUAAUUGUUGCUGUGAGUAGUAUAACAAAACCGUUACUGGUGUUUUUGGUAAUAUGAUUUCUAAAAGUAAUCGAAAAAAUUAUGGUUGUUUUCAAGAAAAUAUUAUCUUUGUUAAGUUUCCUAAAAAAAUUGACAUGCGAUGGAAUUUUCACCAUUUUGACAUCACCCGACGAUCGUGGCACGUUUUGGUGCUAUAGAAAUGAAAACAAAAUACCGUGAUAAAUAUUAUAAUAAAAUAGGAACAUAAUUUAGUGAUGGUGAUAUUAAAAAUUUAAAACGUAAAUUUCUCAGAUGAUUCAAAAUAGUGAUUUUUAUCACUUUAUUGCAUGGUCAUUAGGAAAACUUAUCAAUUAUUUCGUAUUAUGUAUUAAAGUAAUUUGUUUUAUUAUAGGGAAAAGGAGAUACUACAGCGGGAUGUCAAUGCGAUAUACCAGCCGGAAGAAGAUGUCAUGUCGACUGUAAAUACUGUCAUUAAGAAAAAUUAUUAUUUUUAGAUUGUUUCAAAAUUGUAUGUCUACAUGAAUUUUAUCUUAAUGUUUACUGACAUUAGUCAUAUUAGCUUUUUCAGUAUAUGUUUAAAAAUUAAUUGUAAAGUCGUGUCCAUCCACGUUGAGUAAAAUUCGUAUUUUGAAUAGUAUAUUAUUGUGCAAUUAAAAUUUAUAUUUUUAAAUUUUUGAUAAUUUAUAUUGGCGGUUAUUGCUGAGUAAGUUAAUUAUUUACGUUUUUGGGUCAUCUAUUUUCCUCGUUUUAUUUUAUUUUUAUACGAUUUAAAUAUAUUAAGGCACAUAUUAUAAUACCGUGGGAUAUGCAACCUUUGACGACAUGGACUUCAUAAUUGGACUUGACUCAUGAAUAUCGUCUUGUAAAUAAUAAUUUGUGAAGUUUUUGAAAUUUCUGUUUAAACAAAUAAUAAUAAUUACUAAUGUAUUGUAGGUAAUUAAUAUAAAAUAAUAACAUGUAUAAUUUUAGUUAAUUUUUGAAACUUGAUAAUACUAUUUCGAUAGGUUAUUAUCUAGAGAAUCUGUCUAUUGAUCAAUUCGACUCAAACCAUUUUGAGCUAUUUAUAGAAAUUUUUAAUUUUGCGAGUUUUGUAUGUAAUUUUUAUUUUAUAUUUUAGUCAUGGAAAUUUGACAGAAGGUUUAUUAUAAUUCGUAUUCAGUGUUAAAAAAUUCGAGCAUAAUGUGAGUAUUGUUUUUUUUUUAAUAAGAGUUAAAAUCAAAUUUUGACGAAAAUCGUAAAUAAUACGGCCUUUCAAAACAUCUAUAGCCAAACUUCGCUUCGAAUCGUUUUUUGUUACCUAUUGUUGCUUACAGGCAUAAAUUAAAUAAUUAUUUUACAUAUUCUACAUACCCAACUUCCCACCUAUUUUUUUCUGUCUGUAAACAACUUUUCUAAAAAUGAAAACUGAUACAUUUACAAAAUUAAGUGUCAGUUUCGUUAACAUAUUAUACAGAAACUGAGUAUUAGGCUACAAGUACAGGUUUAAAGGAUUUCAUAUGGUUAAAUAUGUUGUUUGUGUUUAAUUUAGUUACGGAUAUAGUCCAAAUAAGUCAAAAUACAAAAUAAAGUGCAGUAAUAGAUUACAAAAUAAUUUAAUAACAAGAAAAGAUAUUGAAUUGAAAAAAAAAAUACAGGAAACUUUGCACGUGACCACAUGGGUGCAGCCACUGUUGUUGGCGGAAAAUUUGAAAGGUAGGAUACAAAAGGGAAUUUAAUAUAUAUCUGUAUGCAACGAUAAAACAUUGAUAACGAAAAAACGAUUCUGAGUGGAGUUCAGUUGAUAGUGAUUCUUUGUCAACAGUAUACAUAUAUAUGAUAUUAUCAUAAAAUACUAAAUAAUUAAAUAGGCAUUAUAUAUUUUCUUUAAUAAUAUUUAUUUAAUAGGCAUUUUACCUAUUUUCCCGUUUUUCCUCUGUUUUUUCCAUUUAUUAGGAAACUCCUGAGAAAAUCAAAAAAUGAUCUGUCUAAAGUACCACCCCGAAAAAAUUUCCUCUCAGAAAAGGGUCUACAUCGUAUACAUCAGAGCAUGUUUUUCAGUAUAAUUUGUGUACACAGAAAAAUAAACAUCUUUAUAGAACUAAUACAUUCUUCGCUACGCUUAGAAUAUAAAAAGAGCUGAUAGAUAUUGCUUAUGCCUGCGACACUAUUGUAGAUGAGAAGUAGGGAAGUUAGGAUAAAUUGGUACUUGUAUAUUUAUUUAAUUUAUAAUGAAUAACUAAUCAUUACUAAUUUAUUUGUACUUAAU